AUGAACGCCCCGAUCACUUCGCCCACCAUGGCCCACCGCCAACUCCCAUCGACGACAACGGUCGCGACGACCACGGUGACGCAAGGCUUCGCACCACCGCCCCCUCCAGCAGUGCAGAAGGCGCCUAGCACGGACGCCUUCAUCCAGAACCUCAACUUGGUGGCCGAAGCCGCGAAGCGCGCGCAGAUGGCGGUGCUGAUGCGAGACCUGGAAGGCAUUGCCAUCUCUGUUCCUCCCGGGUCGCGGAGGUUGCAUGCCUGGAAUAUAUCUUCCUGA